AUGCCCCCGACGCCGUUGUCCCAGGACUCGACGGUAGUGACUGAGCUUGCAGUGGUUGAGGCUAUAGCUACUAACGCGCCGAGCCCGCCGCUUGUCUCUUCGACGGUCCUGACCGAGCUUGUGGUUUCAGAAGUUCUCGGUGCGCUGUCGGCCGCUGAAAACAGCCACAACACCGAAGACUGCAUUAGUAUGAGGAAGAUCGUUGAACGCCUGAUUCGGGAGGGAAAGCUGGAUCAAUACAUCGCCAGACCACAGCAGGCACUAUCAGCAGAGGCCCCAUACUGGCGGGACCCUCUAACCGAUCCAUGA